AUGGCAGCCAAGACGCUUUUAGACUGUUCAGAGGACCUACUUCUCUCCGUCUUGGACUUCCUCUCCUUUGGCGACUUGCUCUCCAUGAGCAUUGUCAACAAAUAUAUCCACACUCUGACCCGACCUCAUCUGUACUCAAAAGUCAAGACAACCUGGGCCUUAAAUCACACACCGCCUGUCUCGCUGCUGCUACGAAGCAUUCUCGAUGCACCUGAGCUGUCCAGCUACGUGCGUAGUCUGCGCCUGGUGGGACAUGAGUUUCACGAGAAUCCUGGGCUCAAAGAGCCACCCGCUUGCCCUAUCGCCACGUCUUCGCUUAGUAAAGCAUCGAAACUCAUCCAACGCACGCGAGUGCCAUUUGCCAAGCUUUGGAUAGACGAGCUGCAAUCUGGCACCGUUGACGCCGUCGUCGCGGUCCUCCUACUACUGCUGCCGAAUUUAAGAUCCCUUCAUCUUGGUCCCAAUUUCACCAUUCAUAGUCGACUUUUGGGAAAUCUGCUUCAAUAUGCCCUGUGCAAGCCAUCAAAAGAAUAUCAACUGCCUACCUUCGAAAACCUCAGCUCCAUCACCUUCUGCCGCAGAGCGAAAGAACACCGCCACCUCACCGCUAAUAAUACCGCCGAUCCGGCACAUACGCCAACUCCAUCAUCACUCGUAUCGCUGGAAGUUUAUAGGCUACGGGAGGCACAGCUCAAGCAACUCCUCUCAGUUGUAAAAGGGCUCCAGAAACUGCACUGGCACUGGUUUUACCAGCUAGACCUUAACCCCGACGUGAGCAGGAAUGUUGUAGAGUUAGAUACAAUAGCUGCGGCACUCAAUCAAGCCCGCGACACGCUUACAGACUUGACAAUAGACGCGGAAACCUGUCCCAAGUUAUUAGUUGGGGAUUAUGACCCCCCUACACUAGAGAUGCGAGCAUCAUUAGAUGAUUUAGUUCAUAUGGGCAAGCUGAGAAGACUAUCUGUCCCGUGGGUCUUCCUGAUGGGGUUCUCGGUACCGUCGGCGAAGAAACUGGCGGAUUCGCUCCCUCUGAGUCUUGAGCUGCUUAUCCUGACGGCUAACUUGGACGAUAAUGAUGAUUGGGAAUGGGACGACGACUCUAUCGUGUCUGCGGUCAAGUCUGGGCUUGAGGAUCGGGCUGUAUUGCGUUUAACGAAACCGCGUCGCAUUAUCCUGCCGAGUCCCCUUGAAUAUGGGGAUAUAGCGGAUGAAAGGCGAGAGGAACUGAGGUAUAUUGGUGCAAAUGCAGGUCUGGAAUUGGGAUGGACUGAUAAAUAA